AUGUCCUUGCUGAAAACCCUCCAGAAGUUUCCCUUCACAUUUGGAAUCAAGUCCAAACUCCUUACGAUGGGCCCUGCUUCCUCCUCAGUUCACUUUUCCGCUGGUAGGUUUGUUCUCAUGAACAAGAUGGAUGACCUCAACCUGCACUACCGGUUUCUGAAUUGGCGCCGGCGGAUCAGGGAGAUUCGGGAGGUCCGGGCUUUCCGGUAUCAGGAAAGGUUCAAACACAUCCUUGUAGACGGAGACACAUUGAGUUACCAUGGAAACUCUGGGGAAGUUGGCUGCUAUGUGGCUUCUCGACCUCUGACCAAGGACAGCAAUUAUUUCGAGGUGUCGAUCGUGGACAGUGGAGUCCGGGGCACCAUCGCUGUGGGGCUAGUCCCUCAGUACUACAGCCUGGAUCACCAGCCUGGGUGGUUGCCUGACUCCGUGGCCUACCAUGCUGAUGACGGCAAGCUGUACAAUGGCCGAGCCAAGGGCCGCCAGUUUGGGUCAAAGUGCAACUCUGGGGACCGGAUUGGCUGUGGCAUUGAGCCUGUGUCCUUUGAUGUGCAGACUGCCCAGAUCUUCUUCACCAAAAACGGGAAGCGGGUGGGCUCUACCAUCAUGCCCAUGUCCCCGGAUGGGCUGUUUCCAGCAGUGGGCAUGCACUCCCUGGGGGAGGAGGUACGGCUGCACCUCAACGCUGAGCUGGGCCGUGAGGACGACAGCAUUAUGAUGGUGGAUAGUUACGAGGACGAGUGGGGCCGGCUGCAUGACGUCAGGGUGUGUGGCACCCUGCUGGAGUACUUGGGAAAGGGCAAGAGCAUCGUGGAUGUGGGGCUGGCCCAGGCCCGCUACCCGCUGAGCACCCGCAGCCACUACUUCGAGGUGGAGAUCGUGGACCCUGGAGAGAAAUGCUACAUUGCCUUAGGGCUGGCCCGGAAGGAUUAUCCCAAGAACAGGCACCCUGGCUGGAGCAGAGGGUCUGUAGCCUAUCAUGCAGAUGAUGGGAAGAUCUUCCAUGGCAGUGGCGUGGGAGACCCCUUCGGGCCACGCUGUUACAAAGGCGACAUUAUGGGCUGUGGGAUCAUGUUCCCCCGGGACUACAUUCUGGACAGCGAGGGAGACAGUGAUGACAGUUGUGACACAGUGAUCCUGUCCCCAACCGCACGGGCCGUCCGGAACGUUCGGAAUGUCAUGUACCUGCACCAGGAAGGGGAAGAAGAAGAGGAAGAAGAGGAAGAGGAAGAAGACGGGGAAGAGAUUGAGCAGGAGCAUGAGGGCAAGAAGGUGGUGGUGUUCUUCACCCGGAAUGGCAAGAUCAUCGGGAAGAAGGAUGCUGUUGUACCUUCUGGAGGCUUCUUCCCCACCAUUGGAAUGCUGAGCUGUGGGGAGAAAGUCAAAGUCGAUCUACAUCCCUUGAGUGGCUAAGGGCUUCUCCCCCAGACCCGCCCCUUCCCCAUCCUCACCCCUUGCAGGACCAGGCAGCCAGCUCCUGAGUUCCCUGAGAUUUGCUUACCCAGCAGGCCCUGGGGGUGCAGAAUCUUUCUGCCCAUUGUCUGUUCAGGCCCCCCGUCAAGCUCCUGUGUGCCCAUGUUUCUGGCCUGGUGCUGCUUCUAUCACCCAGGACUAUUGGGCCCAAGUCCCUGCUUGGACAGCAUAGGGCCCAAGCAUGGUGUUGAUAUAUGGGGGGUGGGUCCUGCCUGCUUCAGUCAGUGGGCUCCUGGACCCCCUUUCCCUCGUUGCCCCGUGGGAGUGGAGAGGGGUGAGCGCCCUGUCUCAGCUGCUGUUUGCGGAGGGUGGAGUGGAGACAGCCUCUCCCCCUUACCACAGUGUUUCUCCUGGAAUCCACUGUUUGUACCCUGUCCUCAUUUGUGAGCCAGUUGCUGCUGUCAUGCCCCCUGGCUGGGCUGGGGAACCUCUCUUGGGCCAUCUCUCUUCUUUCCCUGGCUACUGUCCCCAGAAGAGUCCUCCAGGGUCUCCAUUCUUCCCCGAGAGCUGGCUUCUGCCCCACCUGUUCAGGCCACAGUCCCACAGAGAACUGAGGGACUGCCUGGGUGCCUACGACAUGUGUAGGAAAAGGCUGUGAGGCGGCUUGGGGCCCGGGGCCGUUGCUCCAGUCUCCCCCUCCAUCCUCUGCUCACCCUUGGCACCCUUGUCCCUAGUGCCUUGGGAUGAAGGCUGAGGCCCUGGGGCCUGCCUCGCCUACCAUGGUGAGAGAAGGACUCUAGGCCCUUACUUUAGUAAACCCAGAGGGGCAGCCGGCCCGGUCCCCUUUACCUGCCCCAUCCUGCCCCCACGCCCCAGCUUGCUGCUUGUGCCAGUUACCUGUUUUGCUUCAGUGUUUGAUUCUAGCACUUACAUUUGUCCUCCCCUGUCCUCCCCCAUCAAGCCUUCCUGUCUCUUACCCCAUGACCCCUAAGCCCCUCCCCUAACAGUGACCUCUCUUGGGAGGCAGAGGUUGCAGGAGCUGUUGGCCUUGGUUUGCACAGAGUGGGUGGGGCAGUGGGGAGAGUGGGGGUGAGCUGUUGUGCUGCUGGGGCUCCCCCUCGGCCCUCCCUCAAGCCCUGCUCCGUGAUGUAUGAAAUGUAUGUACAGACCAGAGAUGUUUAUACAACCAGUAAAGAUGGAGUUUCCAUAUUUAUCCGAA